GUUAUUGAUAAAUUGAGAAAUUUUAAAAAACCUAUAUUUAUUUAUUCCGCCAUACUUCUUUUACGUGAAUUGUUAUUUACAAGGCAUUUUGAUUUAAUUAUUUCUAAGAUUUCUAUUGCAAAUGAUUUGAUACCGAUUUUGUGGUAUAGUGAAUUGCCAAAAUUACAAUGUACAACAUUAUCUUGUAUAAAUGUAAUUGUUAAAUUGUGCGAUAGGGAUGAAAGACAAUCAAUUAUACGAAUAAUGAAUAUAAAAAUAAGCCGCAAAACCAUAUCUGAGACAAUAUUAAAUUCAGAAACGAAAUUAAGUCCUGAAAUGGAAAAAGAAUUACAUAUGUAUCAGACAUACAUUUUAAGUUUAAACUUGGAAAAAACAACUCAUAAAAUUAAUUUAUCUGAUGACAAUUUUGAUUUAAAAUUUUUACAAGAAGAUAUGUCUCAUUAUAUGAAUCAAAAUUUGUAUAGUCGUACAAUAUCAUUUUAUGAAAGUUUAAAAACAGCAGAGAAACCGAAACAAGAUUACAAUGAGGGUGCUAAUACGUCCAAAUUUUUUUUAGGUGAAGAUAUAUCCGAUAGCUUAGCAUUGUUAUUUGACGAUGAUUAUACAUCUUACUAUCACGACAUAGAUGCCUCGUUAAAAUGGGUCUCACAUGCUAAUAAAGAUACUUAUAACGAUUUUUUGGAAGAAUCAUCGUACAUAUUACGAAAAACUGUUACGAACGAAAAUGAAAUUACAGAAUUAACAUUGGAGUGUUUAGUUUAUUUCAAACAAAAAUAUCCACAAAGCUAUCACAUUGCAUACCUUGAACAAAAUGAGUACGAACCAGGAUUCUUUACAACAAGCGAGCGGAUUUGUCAAAUUAUGUGCGAACAAUUACGAAUAGGUCAAGACCCAUUAAAAAAUAGUACUCUGUAUUGUCCAUUAGUGUUCAGUUCUUUGGAGCAACCAUUUUUGUCUGAAAUAUUUUGUAGAUUAAUGUGGUUGUAUGUUAAAACACGGAUUGAAAUGAGUGCUAAAACAGGGGAUGAUCAGUUAAAAGUAUUAGCAGUUUUACAUACGCAAACUAAACUUGUUUUUAACACUAAACCGAAAACAUAUAAUGAUUUUAUGGCGGCAUUAAAAUGUUUUCCGUAUUCUUUUAUAAGUAUCCUUUGGAAGAACGAACAAAGAGUUAAAUGGAAACGUAUGUUAGAAAAUAAUCCAAAUAUAAUUGAGUUGUCCGAAGCAAUAGAACCACAAAUAACCGGGUUAAUUAAAGAAAAUCGAUAUAAACAUCUAAUGAAAGGGAAUAAAUUUCAUUUGUUUGAACGCGAAAAGAAAUCAAAACCACAGUGGAUAUAUUUUAGAUUAUUACAGAAUCAGCAACAAUUAGUUUAUAGUGAAUGGAAUCCACAAUAUGAAAUAUGUUCGUUGGAAGUGACAACAAUUCAUAUAUCAGACAUCAAAUAUUUAGUUACAGGAAAUGCUUGUGUACACGUUAAGGACCAUAGAGUUAAAAAACCAGAUUUUGCUUUUUCCAUUCUUACCGAAGACAAUUCAUACGAUUUUGAAGCCAUAAACGAAUCAGUAUAUAAUACAUGGAUUGAUGGUCUUAGUGCAUUAAUUGGUAAAGAAAUGGGUAGUAAUUUUUAUCAAAAAGAUAAAUCAAAAUUACUUGAAUUGGAGUUAAUGCUGAGACUAUUGGAUACGGAAAACAUUCCUUUACCGAUGACUCCCCCACCAAUACCUCCGCCACCGUCAAAUUAUAACUUUUAUUAUGACGAUAAUGAGAGUACUUGUUAA